UGGGUGAGACGGGAGAAACACAAGUGUUUGGGAGCAGCGCAAAUCUGGACAUUAAUCUAGUAGCGAACAUUUAAAGUGAGAAAAGAGGAGAACAAUGCGACUGCAGCUACGAUCAACCUACAAACCAGUCUCACAUCGGAAAAUAUUCACUUUCCCACGGAUUAUUGUCCAAACUGAUCCUCAUUGGCGAUCUGGUAGGUCUCAACGAGAGAAAUGACUGUGAAUAUAACUUGCGUCAAAGGAAAUUUUGUUUAUGAAAUGAAAAACCUUCACCUUUUGUAAAAUGAUAAAGACUUUCGUUCUCGGAGUAAAUCGUUUCUGACAGAUGCGUAAUGCUCUUGCCUAAUUUGUUUUCAUCUAAGAUUUGGCAAUGAUGGGAAUAGGACAGUCUUACAGUUUGGCUUACUGAAAAACAUGAAUAGCCUACAUAAAUUGCCUUGAAGUGCUACAAGAGACACUUUCUCGAGUUGCUUUACAUCCUGAAGAGACAAAACCAAAACUUUAUUUUACAUGAAGGAGGGGAACUAAUCGCUAAUCUGCCCUUCAAAGCGGUACACAUGAUUUAUAGUUUAUGAAAAUCAGUCUCCUUUAGUCAGCAAACAUGGUGGAGCCGAUGGGCUUUGUGGAGGCAUGGAGAGCGCAGUUCCCCGAGUCCAGUCCGCCGACCAUGGCGCUCAACUCGGUGGGGGACAUCGAGCAAGAGCUGGAUAAAUGUAAGAGCUCCAUCAAGCAGCUGGAGACGGAGGUGAACAAGGAGCGUUUCAGGAUGAUCUACCUGCAGACACUCCUGGCCAAGGAGAAGAAGAGCUACGACCGCCAGCGGUGGGGCUUCAAGCGGACGUCCCAGCUCAACGAGGAGGACCAGCCUCCAGCUUCUGAGGGCCUGUCAUCCAUAGACAGCAAUGGGGGAAGGUGCUCCUCCACCGAGGAAGAGCGGCUCCCCUCCCAACAGUCCCUAGAAGAUGAGACUCCCUUGGUUAAGCCCAGCGCUGUCAGACAAUCUCAUAGAGAGGUGAAUGUCCACAAGAGCCCGGAGUCGUCAUGGAGACCUGCACCUGCUCAGGAGACAGAGGCACCCCAGGAGACCUCCCCCCAAGAGCGCCUCGGGGUGGCAGCCCUGCGGUCCAACUUCGAGCGCCUGAGGAAGGGCGACGCUCAACCCAUGGAGGUGAGGGGCCCACCCGGCACUGAGGGGGCAGAUAGACCGUUCUACGUGAACAUGGAAUACCACCAGGAGCGAGGGCUGGUGAAGGUCAACAACCGAGACGUCUCCGACAAGAUCAGCAGCCUGGGCUCCCAGGCCAUGCUGAUGGAGCGGCAGCAAUCUCGGGCCUCCAUGGGAGGCGGCGGUCGGCCCGGCGGCCCGGGGGACGGCCGCAGACCAGUGCCGCGCGGGCGACGCUCUGAGGUCAGCGCUGCCAGUCUGGACCACGAGUGCGAGGACCCGGAACUGAACGCCCGCUUCCUGAAGGACAACCUGCUACGGUUGGACGGGGGCAAGGCCGAGGGUCCCCGGCCGGGCAGGCAUCAGGCGGAGAGCCAGCCCCAGUGCCAGCCUUACACCAGCGUGUACGUGGGCGGCCUGAUGGGGGAGGGCGAGGAGGUGGCGCUGACCUGGCCCCGGCGGUCGUGCUCCCCGCACAGCUUCGAGGACGGCUACACGCCGGACUGCAGCUCCAACGAGAACCUGACGUCCAGCGAGGAGGACUUCUCCUCCAGCCAGUCCAGCCGCGUGUCUCUCGGGCCCUUGGCGCCGCGCUCCCUGCGGGGCAAGAGCCGCUCGCCCUCCCAGCAGUCCCUGGAGAGCAACAGCCCCCCCACCCCCCAGCCUCAGCGCUGGCCGAAGCAGCCUGGGGUGCCACCUGUAGUGGCCACGCGCAAACCCAGCCGGACCUGGCCCAGUGACAGAGACUCCACCUCCAGUAGAACAUCGCGUGACAACAGCUACCAUGGAGAUCUGGAUGUGUCGUUCAGCGGAACUCCUCCUCCUGCAUACAGUUUUGAUGCUGAUCCGGCGGAGGAGAUCCAUGACCUCACUUCCUAUGACAACGAUUCGCUGUCCUCGUCGCCACGGCUACUGUCCAGGAGCCAUGACAGCAGUGACGGCCCCUCCUGCGUGACCCUGGAGUCGACGCCCUCGAUGGAGGAUCAGGUGGAGAAGGAGCUGGAGAUGCGUAAGUGGGUCCUCUCAGGGAUCCUGACCAGUGAGGAGACUUACCUCAGUCACCUAGAAGCCCUGUUACUGCCCAUGAAGCCCUUGCGAGCGGCGGCUACCACGUCUCAGCCCGUUCUGACGCUGCAGCAGAUUGACACCAUCUUCUUCAAAGUGCCCGAGCUGCACGACAUACACAAGGAGUUCUACAACGCCCUCCUUCCCAGGGUGCAACAGUGGACCCAGCAGCAGCGAGUGGGCGACCUCUUCCAGAAACUGGCCAACCAGUUGGGUGUGUACCGGGCUUUCGUAGACAACUAUAAGAUUGCCGUGGAAACGGCAGAGAAAUGCUGCCAGGCCAACAGUCAGUUUGCAGAGAUCUCAGAGAACCUUAAAGUCAGAAGCACGAAAGAAAACAAAGAUCCAAGUGGCAAGAACUCUCUAGAAGCUCUUCUGUACAAGCCGGUGGAUAGAGUCACCAGGAGCACACUAGUGCUGCAUGACCUGCUGAAACACACCCCUUCGUCCCACCCUGACUAUCCGCUGCUUCAGGACGCUCUGAGGAUCUCACACAACUUCCUGUCCAGCAUCAAUGAGGAGAUCACUCCACGCCGCCAGUCUAUGACCGUCAAGAAAGGAGAGAACCGGCAGCUGCUGAAGGACCGGUUCAUGGUGGAGCUCAUGGAGGGAACCAGGAAGCUACGCCACGUCUUCCUCUUCACAGACCUGCUGCUGUGCGCCAAACUCAAGAAACAGACCGCAGGGAAAGGCCAGCAGUAUGAGUGUAAGUGGUACAUCCCCCUGGCUGACCUGACGUUCCACACCAUCGAGGAGUCUGCAGAGACGUCCAUCCCCCUCAUGCCCGAGGACGAGCUGGAGGCCAUGAAGGUCAAGAUCUCCCUCAUCAAGAACGACAUGCACCGGGAGAAGAGAUCUAGUAAAGGUGGGAAGGUGAUGGAGCGCUUGAAGAAGAAGUUGUGUGAACAGGAGUCUCUUCUCCUCCUCAUGUCUCCAUGCAUGGCCUUCAGAGUCAACAACAGGAAUGGCAAGGGCUAUACCUUCCUCAUCUCCUCUGACUACGAGCGAGAGGAGUGGAGGGAAAUCAUCCGAGAACAACAGAAAAAGUGUUUCAAAAGCUUCUCUUUGACGUCUGUGGAACUUCAGAUGCUUACAAACUCCUGUGUGAAACUCCAGACGGUUCACACCAUACCAUUGACUAUCAACAAAGAUGAUGAUGAGUCUUCUGGCCUCUAUGGAUUCCUCAAUGUCAUCGUGCACUCUGCAACUGGCCUCAAGCAGAGUCUGAACCUCUACUGUACUCUGGAGGUGGACUCUUUUGGCUACUUCGUAAACAAAGCAAAGACACGUGUGUACAGGGACACCACUGAGCCCAGCUGGAAUGAGGAGUUUGAGAUUGAGCUAGAGGACUCGCAGACCCUGAGACUCCUAUGCUACAGUAAAGCCAAGCACUGCAGAGAGGACGGCGACACGGACAGGAUCAUGGCCAAAGGACAGAUCCAGCUGGAUCAGCAGACCCUUCAGGGCAAAGACUGGCAGAGGACUGUCAUCGGUAUGAAUGGGAUUGAAAUCAAAUUGUCCAUGAAGUUCACCAGUAGAGAAUUUAGCCUGAAGAGGAUGCCGUCCAGGAAGCAGUCGGGUGUCUUCGGGGUGAAGAUUGCAGUCGUGACCAAGAGGGAGCACUCCAAAGUACCACUCAUCGUGCGUCAGUGUGUGGAGGAGAUUGAGAGGCGGGGUUUAGAGGAGGUCGGCAUCUACCGCGUCUCAGGGGUUGCCACGGAUAUCCAAGCCCUCAAAGCAGCUUUCGACUCCAAUAAUAAAGACGUGUCCGUGCUGAUGAGCGAGAUGGACGUGAACGCCAUCGCUGGCACUCUGAAGCUGUACUUCCGGGAGCUUCCGGAGCCCCUGUUCACAGACGAGCUGUACCGCAACUUCACCGGAGGCAUCGGUCUGUCUGACAGUGUGGCGAAGGAGAGUUGUAUGCUGAACCUGCUGCUGUCGCUGCCUGAGCCCAACCUGCUCACCUUCCUCUUCCUGCUCGACCACCUCAAGAGGGUGGCUGAUAAUGAGGGUGUAAACAAGAUGUCCUUCCACAACCUGGCAACUGUGUUUGGGCCCACACUUAUGCGUCCCUCAGAGAAAGACACCAAGACGCCCAUGCAACCCAUCAUGAUGACCGAGAGCUGGUCUCUGGAGGUCAUGUCGCAGGUCCAGGUGUUGCUGUAUUUUCUUCAACUAGAGACAAUCCCAACGCCUGACAGCAAGCGCCAGAGUCUCCUGUUCUCUACAGAAGUCUAGAGGACUGAUCUGUCUGCACCCCCGACACCAAGCGGCAGACCCUGUAGGACUGCCUGACGCCUGAGGCGUGGUGUUGAGGGCCAGCGCGGAGCUGGGGCACAUUCACUGUAUUGCCACAGGAGGGCGCUGUGCAAGACACUGAAACAGCCAGCCCUGUCUGUGUUCAUCACUUAAAACACCCUGUUGGACCAUGAUCACAAUCAGUUUGUAGGCGCUAUGCAUUCCAGCAUGUAUUUGCACUUCAGAGAAUUGUUU